GAAACAGCCCAGGGGCUCAGCAAUUUCUGUUAGACUCUGAAGCCCGGACAUUUCCCAGGCCUCGGGUAGUCCCUAAGGCGGGUGCAGAGGGAGCGCGCAAGCCUCCCUGGGCCAGAGUGGGUGGGAGCCACCGUAGCUUUAAAGGGCGGUUCUCUGGGAGCUUCGGGGUGCAGGGCGCAGCUGCCCAAGCGGGGUCCCCGGAAGCGCCCGCGGCCAAGCUGGCCCUGCACAUCCUCUGGGCUGGACCAGCAAAGACACCGUUGCUGGGCCCCGCCCGACUAAGGCACUGGGCCUGGAGGGGGGCUCCCCCGCGUCUCCGAGGAGAUGGCGCUGCAUGUGCGUUGACGCCGUGCCCACGCCUCGAGGGUCCCAUCACUGCGUCCCGCGACUCUCCUGGGAGAGAGAGAGUAUGGAGCGCCUAGAGUCAGAGCUGAUCCGGCAGAGCUGGCGGGCAGUGAGCCGCAGCCCUCUGGAACAUGGCACUGUCCUGUUCUCCAGGCUCUUCGCCCUGGAACCCAGCCUGCUGCCUCUCUUCCAGUACAAUGGCCGCCAGUUCUCCAGUCCUGAGGACUGUCUCUCCUCUCCAGAAUUCCUGGACCACAUUAGGAAGGUUAUGCUUGUGAUUGAUGCUGCUGUGACCAACGUAGAGGACCUGUCUUCACUGGAGGAGUACCUGGCCACCUUGGGCAGGAAGCAUCGGGCAGUGGGAGUGAGGCUCAGCUCCUUCUCGACAGUAGGUGAGUCCCUGCUCUACAUGCUGGAGAAGUGCCUGGGUCCCGACUUUACGCCGGCUACAAGGACCGCCUGGAGCCAACUCUACGGAGCUGUGGUGCAAGCCAUGAGCCGAGGCUGGGACGGGGAGUAAGAGACAAGCCAGAGCCCCUAUCUAUGUGUGUCUGUCUGUUGAUCUGCCUGUUGUAGUCUUAGCCUCUCCCCCAGGGUCUCUCUGUACCUCAGUUCUCAUCCCCUUGGCCAUCCAAGAGAGGUGAUAGGAGAGGGCUGGCUCAGCUGCUGGUCCACAGCAAGGAGGUGGAUUUCCCUCCCUCAUCCUCACAGAUGCACUGCUGCAGGCCUGGUUAGCUCUCCCCAGGAAGCAGAACAGUUUUGGUAGUGAGGAGGCAUGGGGGUUCUUCUCCGAGAAGCUUUCUGUCAAGGUGAGGGAAAAGCAAACUAGGCUUCUAGAAUGUUCCAUUUUGCCUGCCCAGUCUCUCUGAUACUUUCCUGCCAGGCUGUUUACUUUCCAACGAUGAAGGAGAGAGGCUUUAGUGUUUGUGGGGAUCUCAGGCAAGGGGAGCAUGGAAGAUGGCAUUCUUCAGUGUCAGUGGGCACCCUGGGUCUCAGCUGCUCAGAUACCACACAAAACCUCUUAUGCUCUUGGUUCGGCAUUUCUGGUAGAAGCACCCCAAUAUUCUUUUUGGGGAAACCUCGCUGGCCAGCCAGAAUGGAGAAGCCAGAAGGGCAAGGAAGAAGAGUAACCUCAUCCCAUGGGGCCCUGAGUUCUGGGGCUCCUCCUGUCACCUUACUCUCACAGGGCUGAAUCCUGUCUCCACAGCCUCUUCUGCUCACCCGCCACUCUCCAGCUGCGGGCCCCUAAGUCUGUGUUUAGCACUUGAAGUGGACCUGUGUCUGGGCAGAUGAGCGAGAGCAAAUAGAGUGGGAAGGGCCCUUGUUCCCAUUCCCAGACACCUACACUUUCUUGCUCUGUGCCGUGGUUCUGUAGACUCGCAAAAAAUAAACACGCUCUGUGUGCUGACC